AUGUUGGGAGCGCCUGCCCCCUCACUGCCCUGCGGGGAGCACAGGAGCCGGCAGGGUGUGGGGGUGCUGGAGGCGCCCGGGUACCGGAGCACACCUUUCUCAGUUAUGCGGCCCUCACCUCAGCGCUCCCGUGUGCCUGUGCUCCUCCCCCGAGUGCGGGGUCCCCCCACUAGGGACGCUCAGCCCUGUUUUCUGAGCGGAGGGUGCGUGUCUCGCGUGAGGCCUGACGCCGCGGUGUUCGGUUUCAGGCGCGCGCACACCCUGACCGUGCUCUUCAUCCUCACCUGCGUGCUGGGCUACGUGACUCUGCUGGAGGAGACGCCCCAGGACACGGCCUACAACACCAAGAGAGGUAUUGUGGCCAGUAUUUUGGUUUUCUUAUGUUUUGGAGUCACACAAGCUAAAGACGGGCCAUUUUCCAGACCUCAUCCAGCGUACUGGAGGUUCUGGCUGUGUGUCAGCGUGGUCUACGAGCUGUUCCUCAUCUUCAUCCUCUUCCAGACCGUGCAGGAUGGCCGCCAGUUUCUGAAGUACGUUGACCCCAGGCUGGGGGUUCCGCUGCCGGAGAGGGACUAUGGGGGGAACUGCCUCAUCUACGACGCAGACAACGAGACAGACCCCUUCCACAACGUCUGGGACAAGCUGGAUGGCUUCGUGCCCGCGCACUUUAUUGGCUGGUACCUGAAGACCCUGAUGAUCCGCGACUGGUGGACGUGCACCAUCGUGAGCGUGAUGUUCGAGUUCCUGGAGUACAGCCUGGAGCACCAGCUGCCCAACUUCAGCGAGUGCUGGUGGGACCACUGGAUCAUGGAUGUGCUGAUCUGCAAUGGGCUGGGCAUCUACUGCGGCAUGAAGACCCUCAAGUGGCUGUCCCUGAAGACGUACAAGUGGCAGGGCCUCUGGAACAUUCCGACCUACAAGGGCAAGAUGAAGAGGAUAUUGAAAUAUCCAUUAUCACCUCAACCUUUGACUCAUCAGCCUUCCGCCGCCUCCCGCGCACGGUCCUCUGGGCGGGGCUCGCCGCCCACACGCCCUGUCCCCCAGUUUCUGUUGGCAGAGCUGAACACCUUCUACCUGAAGUUCGUGCUGUGGCUGCCCCCGGAGCACUCGCUGGUCCUGCUGCAGACCGUGAGCCGCGGAGGACGGGGUGAGCGGGCCUGUGCCCACGCAGGGCGCCCUCCAACGCGUGCCUCCCCCUGCAGGAAGCCACACAAGAAGCUGGGCCAGCAGGCCUGGCUGAAAAAAAAGCAAUACAAAGUGGUCAAGUACGACCCGCAGACGCUGACGCUGUCCCUGCCUUUCUACAUCGCCCAGUGCUGGACGCUCGGCUCCGUGCUGGUGCUCACCUGGACCGUCUGGCGCUUCUUUCUGCGGGACAUCACCCUGCGGUACAAGGAGACCCGGCGGCAGAAGCAGCAGAGCAGCAGUGACCAGGGCAACACUGUUGGCCACGGGGACAGGCACCCAUCUGGGCCGGACAGCCCCUCAGGGCCCCUGGAGGCUGAGAGGGAGGGGGCACCGGCUCUGAACUGACCUGCUCCCCACCCCCGCCAGGACACAGGCUGUGUCCCCUCCUCCGAUGCCUGUCAGGAGCCUCCGCCAGGCCUCCCCCUCCCCCAGCAACAGAGAGGCUCGGGGCCUGGAGGAGGCCUGCCCCACAGGCUGGUGUGCGGUGGCCUGUGUGCACCUUGUGGGCUCCGCGCUCCGGGCUUCUCAGCGGCGGUGUGGCUGGGGGUGCCCUGGGCAGCGGUCCCCUUUCUGUUGGUCUGCCCACAGGCCUCUGGCCACACCGAGCCCUGGCGCCUAGAGGGCCAGGCCCUGAUCCCCAAAAGCCCCUCCGCCCCGCGCCCACGUGUUCCUGAGGGUGGUCCACCAGCUCCUGAGAUGGCCGAGACGGGCAGAUCCGAGCUGCAGCCCUGAGCCGUUUCCUCGGAGCCUUCCGCCAGCCCAGCUGACGCAGAGGGCAUGGGGGGCGGGGCCAGCCCCUCAGCCCUGUGCCCAAGGUUGGAAGGAGGGGUCCUGGGUCUCUGGCCCCAAGUUGGUCAUCUCCACGAGCAGACAGAACAAAUAAAUGGCGAUGGACUGA